GCUCGGCUAAUGCAAGUUUUCACUUUGCUGUUUUUUGCCCUUACUCCAGUUAACAGUGAUUUUUUGAUUGAAGGACCAAGAAACAUUCAGAAGAGAGACACUGGAAAGCCUGCUGGUGAUAUAGAAGUUUACAGCAUAGAUAUCAACAGUAAGGUGACAUCUCGCUUCGCCCAUAAUGUCAUUACAAGCAGAGCUGUCAAUCGAGGAAAUGUAUCAAAAGAAGCCUUCUUCGAUGUUGACCUACCAAAAACUGCUUUCAUUGCAAACUUCAGCAUGAUAAUCGAUGGAGUAACAUAUAGUGGUGUAAUUAAAGAAAAGGAGGUUGCAAAGAAGCAAUAUGAAACAGCUGUUUCAAGAGGACAAACAGCUGGACUUGUCAAGGCUUCUGGCAGGAAAACUGAGAAGUUCACUGUGUCAGUCAAUGUGGCAUCAGAGAGUAAAGUCACCUUUGAGUUGGUCUAUGAGGAAAUGCUAAAACGACAUUUAGGAAAAUAUGAAAUUUUCAUCAAGGUUCAACCAAAAGCACUUGUCAAAAAAUAUCAGAUUGACGUAGAAAUAUAUGAACCACAAGGAAUACGUUUUCUUGAUGCUAAAGCAUCUUUCUUAACGAAUGACCUGCUGCCAGCCAUCAAGAAGUCCUUCUCUGGAGAAACGGGUCACAUCUCUUUCAAACCCACAUUAGAUCAACAGCGCUCCUGCCCUGACUGUGCAUCAACAUUAUUGAAUGGGGAUUUUAUUGUAACAUAUGAUGUUAACAGAGAAUCUCCAGGAAACAUACAGAUUGUCAAUGGAUAUUUUGUGCACUACUUUGCACCAUCAAAGUUGUCUGGUGUGCCAAAAAUUGUUGUCUAUGUCAUUGACAAAAGUGGUUCGAUGGCUGGUAGAAAAAUGCAACAGACCAAGCAAGCUCUACUUAAAAUCCUGAAUGACACUGCAGAGCAUGACUACUUCAAUUUUAUACUGUUUGACAGUAGCAUUAGUGUCUGGAAAGAUUCUUUGAUAAAAGCAACUCCAGAAAAUGUAGAAGAAGCCAAAAAGUAUGUCAGUGCAAUUCAAAGUGGAGGAGCUACAAACAUUAAUGAUGCUGUACUGAAGGCAGUUGAGCUAUUGAAUAAAGCAUAUGAAAUGAAACAGAUUCCAGAGAGAAGCGCCUCUUUAAUUAUCUUGUUGACUGAUGGGGAAGCUAAUGUAGGUGAAAGCAAUCCUACAAGAAUACAAGAAAAUGUAAAAAAAGCCAACAAUGGGAAACACACUCUAUAUUGUCUUGCUUUUGGUUAUAGUGUUGAUUAUCCUUUUCUGGAAAAGUUGGCUCUAGAAAAUUCUGGAAUUGCUCGACGUAUUUAUGAAGACGCAGAUGCAGAUUUACAGUUGGAGGGGUUUUAUAAUGAAAUUGCAAACCCAACACUGGUGGAUAUACAGAUGCAGUAUCCUGAGAAUGCGAUAGCUGAUGUAACUAAGAACAAUUUCAAACAAUUCUUUGAUGGCAGUGAAUUAGUUGUAGCUGGACGUCUAACUGAUAAUGACUUGAAUUCAUUUACCGUAGAUGUGAACGCAGAAGGGGCAGACCAAUCAUUGAAAUACAGUGAAAAAAUUGAUCUCCAAGACAAGGAUGGAGCCAGCAAAAAACUGCAAUAUAUAUUUGGUGACUUUAUAGAGAGACAAUGGGCCUAUUUAACCAUACAAGAACUGCUAGAGAAACGAAUCCAUGCCAAUCCAUCAGAAAAAGCAAACCUAACAGCAAAGGCACUUGAACUCUCUUUGAAGUUUAAUUUUGUGACUCCUUUAACGUCAAUGGUUGUUACAAAGCCAGAGGACAAAGAAAAGGAGGAAGAAUCAAUGAUUGCUGAUAAGUUCGUGGAAGGUACAGAAAUCCCAAAACACAAUUUAUACGCUAUGCCUCAGUAUACCGCGAGCUACAGCCCCCCGCCCCCUCCCCGUCCGUUCCUUGACUCAGAUCCUCAUUUUGUUAUAAAUGUGACACAAAAGAAUGACGCUUUGUGCUUUAAUAUACAAGAGGAACCUGGCGUGGUAUUGAAUCUUAUUGAAGACAAACGCCUAGGAAUUGCAGUGAAUGGGGAACUUACUGGAAAACGGAAAACAGACAACAGUGUGUUAUCACAUGAGACAUAUUUUGGAAGACUGGGCAUUGUAAACGAAGGGAUUAAGCUGAGAAUUGAGGUGACCACUGAAACAAUCACUAUCAUGAAUGGCAAAAUCACCAAAAUGUUUACAUGGGAGAAGAAAGCAUCUGUCAACAAACACGGGUUGCACCUGGUGAUAUACAAGAAAGAAAAUGUGACGUUUACAUUCGGAGAAGGGGCGACAUUUGUUAUAAUUUUACAUCAAGCCCUAAAAGAUCAUCCUCUAGAUAAAGAUUUCUUGGGGUUCUACACUCUGGAUGAUCAUAUGUUUUCUACAGAAGUUCAUGGACUCUUAGGACAAUUCUUUCAUGGCAUUGAUUAUGAAAUAUCUGAUAUUCAUGAAACCGAAAUUCCCAACAAACUAGAUGCAACAAUGAAAGUUAAAACUAAGCUCCUUACAGUGACAAGGGGGGUACAGAGAGAUUACAGGAAAGACCACUAUAAAGGCAGUAAAGUUGCUUGUUGGUUUGUUCAUUCCAAUGGAGAAGGGCUGAUCGAUGGAACACAUACAGAUUAUAUUGUGCCCGAUAUCUUCAGCAUUGCUGAAUGAUCAGGUUUUUCAACAGUUACACACAGAAACAAGGAGAUGCAGAAUCAUUCAUCAUUAAUAUGUAACUUCUCAUUUUGUGAAAAGAGUAUUCCUUGGAUCACAACUGACAUAUAAAUAAAUCACCAAAUCUACUUAUGUGCUUAUGUAC